CAGAUUAAAUAUUAAAGUGUUCCCGGUGUGUGUGUCCGUGUGUGUGUCUGUGUGUGUGUGCAGCAGAGUUACACGUUACAUCUGCAGCUGGAGAAAGAAACUGAAGAUGUUAGAACAACAUUAGCCAAACACCAGGAUUUUUCAUGUUUUUUUAUUUUAUUUAAACAUCACCUAUUGUGUUUUUUUAAAUUCGUAAACCGUGACGUUUAGUUUAUAUAUUUUUUAAUUUAUUAUAAAUCAUUCGGAGUGGGAAUGAAGGGCUCCCGCUCCGUGAUGUCGAGCCGGAGGAGGAGCAGCAGCAGCGGGGCGGCCGGGCUCCUCUACCCGCUGCUCGGUGCCUGUCUCUGGGCUGCGGUGGUCGGGUUCAAGCCGGUGAUCAUCGUCCACGGUUUGUUCGACAGCUCCGGGGAUUUUAAAAACCUGCAGCGGUUCAUCAACGAGUCUCACCCUGGAACCAACGUGACCGUCAUCGACCUGUUUGACCGGAGUGCCAGCCUGCAGCCCAUGUGGAAGCAGGUGGAGGGAUUCAAGGCAGCUAUUUAUCCAAUCCUGCAAAACGCAGAAGACGGCGUCCAUUUCAUCUGUUACUCUCAAGGCGGGCUGGUUUGCAGAGGAAUCCUCUCCACUCUGCCCGACCACAACGUCCACUCCUUCAUCUCUCUGUCCUCGCCUCAGGCCGGGCAAUAUGGAGACACAGACUACUUAAGGUACCUCUUCCCUCAGUUUGUCAAGUCCAACCUCUUCCACCUCUGCUACACUGCGUUCGGUCAGAGGAUAUCCAUCUGCAACUACUGGAAUGACCCCCACCACAGAGACAUGUAUGUGAACAGCAGUGAUUAUCUGGCUCUGCUCAACAGUGAGAGAACCAAUCCAAACUCGACAGAGUGGAAGAAAAACUUCCUCAAGAUCACAAAGCUGGUGUUGAUCGGUGGACCAGAUGAUGGUGUCAUCACUCCCUGGCAGUCGAGUCAGUUUGGAUUUUUUGACGACAAUGAGACCGUUGUGGAAAUGCAGCAGCAAGAUUUCUUCUUGAGGGAUGUUUUUGGUCUGAAGACGCUCUCGGCUCGCGGGGAUCUGAUGAUCUGUUCUGUUCCUGGAGUCGAACACACCCUUUGGCACUCUAACGAGACGGUGUUCCACCUGUGUAUGGAGAAGUGGCUGGUGUAGAUCCAAACUCCUGCACACAGACAAACACACACACGCACACACCCAUACACACACACACACACACAAAGAUAUACACGAUUAGCAGAUUUAUAAGCUCUUUACUUUCCACCUGUUUGAAACUCGGGCACGGAAAUCAUUUUAUAGUAUCCUCACAAACCUUUGUGAGUUUUAAGGUCAUUAACACACUUUGGAUUACGCUUCAUAGAGAUCUCCUCUCGAUCAAACAGUGUUAUGUUUGACUUUACUCCUACUUCUCUACUCGUUUUGAUCAAGUUUAUGUUUUUAAAGAUUAAUUUUGUUCUUGCGUUCAUCCUGUUGUCUAGGAGGUUACUUUAAAAUGAAUAGUUUGACAUUUCCCAUAAUUUUCCAAAAUUUCAAACUGUUUCUUUUAAACCGUCAAAUCCAACACAGAUGCAAAGGCUUUCACAAACCUGGUAAUGGUUUAACUCUGAUUAUGUUAUCACAUUCUGCAAAGGGAAAAGCAUAUCCGACAUUAAAGGAGCAUUCUGUGAAUUUGAGUCUGCAUUUUCAUGAAGUUUGCAAGAAACGGAUUAAAAAAGAGAAGACCCUGGUGAGAGUUAAGAGGCCAUCAGAACUACAGUACCUGUCUAAUGCUUGGACGGCUUCUCUCUCCUUUUUAAUUCUUUACACAAUUAUCUUCUGUUUUUUUUUAAUUUGAAUGUGUCAGUUUUUACCUGAACACAAAUGCGACAAAGUGAAUGUCUUUCAAGAGAGACUGUCUGAAAACAUUUUUUCAAACAAUACCUACAAAUUGGUGGAGUGCCCUUUUAAUUAAUUUAUAUUUAAAAAAGGGGAGUUUAUUACUAUCAAAUACCAAGCCCUCAUACAUACUGUACACCCAUGUGUGUGUUUCCUCACACAUACCUCAGAAACACAGCCACAACAGUGCCUGAGCGACGUUCUGUCAUCCACAUGUACAGACUCACUUUCCCGCUCAUCUUUUGAUGCAGUAAUUUAUGUAUUUUUUUUUUAAUCCUUCCAUUUUGAAUCCUUUUUAUUAGUGUGUACAUCUUGAUGUCUUUACCAUGCAGUGCUUCUGAGCUGUACUCUAUCGUGUUCUUAGAUCCAGCCUUAAUAUUACCCCCUCAUGCCUCAGUGUUUAAUGUCCAUUACCGAAGUGCUACGACCCACUGCCUCUUGUGUCGGUGUUAAAAGUAAUGAUAGGAGAGGAAGAGUGGCUGGAGAGGGGCUGUGGUGUGUCAGUGUUUACUUGUCCAACAGACUAUUGUACGUGACGCUCUAUACCUCCCAUCGCGUUUAGAUAUCUCAGGCGUUUGAGCAACCAUGUUCGUUUGUCUCUGUUAGAAAAAGGGAUUUGUUUCUUGUGACUUUGCAUUUUGUUGGAUGUUAUAUUUGCUGCCUGUUGUAUUUACAGUUAUUUGUCAAAGAAGAAGAAACUGAAAUAUCUAAUCUGUGUCUUUAAAAAAAAAGAAGUGAACUACUGUUGCACAAUGUUCAGCCAAUGAAGACAAGGGAAAUGAUAAAGAGGGAUUUGAAGUUGCUAAAUUUUAUGUAUUGCUUUAAAUAUUGUUGACUGAUGCUUGUUAAAAAUGAAUUGAUCCUCAGCGAUUGCAUGUGGAUAAAGGAUUUAAGGGACGUCCUCUCAGCUCAGUCUUCUUGCAGGUAUUAAAUGUGGAUAUAACAACUUUUUAAAACUCAAACAAAAAUAGCUAUUUUGACAUUAUCCCACAGUUUCUACAGUAUUUGAUCUGCGAAUGAAAAUGUGUCAAAUUUUGUCACGUCCUCAAUAAAAGGCUGUUUUUGAA